UCGAUAGUCUUAUAAAUUAAAUUACGAAUCUUUUAAACCUAACCUACUUGGUGAAAUUUCACAUACUUCAGUGGUUCAACCGUUGAAAUUCGAUUUGAAACAAUGUUAAAAAGACUAGCGUUAAACGUUAACUUAAAUGUUGGGAGUAGGCAAUCACGUUUUCUUAGUAAUCUAUCGGUAAAGCAUAAAGAAAAUAUUGACGACAAAAUGCAAGCCUGGCAGAUUCAUUCGUAUGGUGGCUUAGAUGAACUGAAACUUUCAAGUGUUAGAAUUCCAGUGAUUGCUAGGCCAACGGACAUUCUUGUCAAAAUUGAAGCAUCCAGUGUAAAUCCGAUAGAUAUCGCUAUGACAAGAGGGUAUGGUGCAGCAGUUUUAAACUUUAUGAGGAAAACAAAAAGUUUUACUGGGAGACAGUACGACGAACUGGAAUUGCCAUUAACUUUAGGCAGAGAUUUUUCUGGUGUAAUAGUUUCCAAAGGACACGGUGCUGGUGAUAGAUUAAAGUUAGGUGACAAAGUAUGGGGUGUAGUUCCUGUAGAACAACAAGGUUGUCAUGCUAAUUAUGCAGUUGUUGAUAAUAGUCUAGUCAGUAUACGUCCUCAAAAUUUAUCGUACAUUGAAGCAGCUAGCAUAUUGUAUGCUGGCCUCACAGCAUGGUCUGCAUUGUGGAUUACUGGAGGAUUGUGUUAUAAAAAUACAAUGGCCACAAGAAGGAAUAACAGAGUUCUAGUAUUAGGUGGGUCAGGAGGUGUUGGUACUUUGGCGAUACAACUUUUAAAGGCUUGGAAUAUGCAUGUUAUUACCACGUGCAGCAGUGAUGCUGUAAAUCUAGUACAAAAGCUAGGAGCUGAUGUUGUAAUUGAUUAUAAAUUGGAUGGUGCUGAUUCAAAAAUUAUUACUGAAGGACCCUACAACAUAAUAUUGGAUUGUGCCAAUCAGGGACCAAAUCAGAUACGAUCAAAGGGUUAUCCACACUGCACUUACAUAACAUUGAAUUCUCCAUUACUAAAAAAUGUUGAUCAACAUGGACUGAUUGCUGGAAUGGUCAAAAAUAUAGGAGAAUUGGUAAAAUAUAACAUCCCAAUUGUUGAAAAUAAAAGUACAGUAAAGUGGGGAUUUUUUGCACCUUCACAAACUGGAAUCAAAGCUCUUCAAGAAUUCGUCGAAAGUAGGGAGGUAGUUCCUGUGGUUAAAAAGGUAUACAAAUUUCAAGAUUUACCGUUAGCAUACGAUAGAGUAGCUCAAGGUCACCUAAGAGGUAAAUUAGUUAUCGAUAUGAAAUAAUGCUAGCGGCAAAAGUU